GAAAUGUAUCUUUGCAGUUGCAGGCUCAGGAACCUGAAGGUUCUGAAAAUACAUUAACUCCGAUGGAAGAUUCUGGGUGUGAUCUGUUAAAUGAGGAGAGAACUGAACCUUCAGAGCUGUCCCAGCAUUCUGUGGAGAGCUGCACCCCCACACUCUUUCCACCACUGCCUCUUGUGAAAAGACCUUGUGCUGUCGUGGAAAAUCCUCUGUCUUCUCACAUGCAAUUCUUUCAACAUCUGUUUGAACUGAAGAACUUGACAGAAUCAGGUGAUCUGAAAACAGACUUAACCCACUUUGAAAAAGACUUGUCUACAGUCUCUGAUUCUGUUCUUCGGUUGCUUGAUGGCCUGAUCACUUUUUACCAAAAUCCCACACUUCCUUUUUCAAGCUUUUGGACAGAAGCUGUUGGUACUUUAGCUAGACUGAUCAGUGAUUAUAACUUAUCUAAUCAUAUUCUUAAAAACUGUUCCAAGAAGUUGGAAGAAUUUGAGAAAACCCUACUACAGGUUAUUUUAGGGAACCAUCAUAUAAAUCGG